AUGCAAGAGAGCGACAUUAUUAAUCGCGUUCGUCUUCUUCUCCGCAAAGUAUCGAAGCUCGCUCUUCACGGUCCUCCGAGCAUGGCAAAGUAUCGCAAAGCUAGGCAUGUCAUUGUCUGGGUUCUUGUGGGUAAAUAUUAUGAUGGCCUGAUCCAGACGGUGGUGGAGGGCCACCUGAUCCGUGACGAGGUCGUAGAUGUUGUUGGUGAGGGUUAUUUCCUUGACCAGAGGGGUGAAGAGGGUGAGAGGACGCAUUCGAAUAUGACAAGCCACUGCCAGAGCCGCUCUGCGGAUGAUGUUGACCCAAGUUGGAGGAUUGUGAGGGAUGGCGGGAAGAAGACGCCGGUAUCUGCUGAAUAUGUGAAGCAUACUGCGGUCCAUUACCCCCUUGCAUUCCGUGCUGGUGGGUUUGAGAUAUCAGGUGCGAUGGACCGGGUUGAUGCUGGCUCUGUGAAGGUUUCUGAUGGCUGCCUCCUGGCUGAUUAUACCCGGACAUCUGGCUCACAUGCGGAUUCAUGCCGCUGGGGCCCGACUGCAUGGGAGAGUCAGAGCGUCGCUGCGAAACCUUGCUGCCGUAUGGUGCAUUGUGUCGCUGGACAGGGGACCGUGUGUGCGGAUGGGUUUGAAUAUGCCGCGUGCUUGGCGAUUCGCGGCCUGCUGGACCUAAAUGCGGCUGUUGGCCUCGAUCCUGUAAACCCUGCACUGGUGGCUGCUGCAGACCCUGGUGGGCAUAUGGUUGCCGCUGGGGCGGCUGUUGAGCUGCCGGCUGAGGCUGGUCAGACAUGUGUUGGAUGCCAGACAUGGGGUGAGACGAGUGGGAUCCAGAGCCAGAGUAUCCAUGGCUAUAGCUAG